AUGGUCAAAGGACACUUCAUCUCUUCACCACCACGCGGCACAUCGAUCGUCCCAUCCAUCCAUGUUCGCUCUUUGGCGCCUCGCCGCCACCUGCGCCUUGUGCGCCAGAACGGGAUGAGAUUCCCAACACAGCCAUCUUCCUUUAGAGGUCCGUUCCGCAUCCGUGCCCCUGCAUCGGGGGCCGUCUGGAAAUGGAAGCCGUGGGUCGCGGUUGCAAAAGAGGGACCGUUACGGAGCCCAUCUCAGCGCAUCUCGAUGCAGGGCUGGGCGGCCCGCAGAUGUUGCAACGGUGGGUUCCCAAGACCUGCAAUGGCUUUGGCCGCACCUGCAGCGCAGAUAUCCGAGAGAUUGCCGCUUCUCGAUACCGAGGCGGCGACUAAGAAGCGGUACCUGGAGGACUUGUGCAACGGCAUGGCCGAGGUGAAGAAACCGCUGCUUGCGGCUGUCGAGGGCGCUGCCUUAGGCGGCGGCUUCGAACUUGCCUUGAUGGAGGCCCAGUCCAUGGGUCUCGUUGCCGAGCUAUCCCAGCCAGGCACCGUGCUUGACGAUGCGGUCAAGUUCGCCAAUAUGCUCGCCCAAAAGAGCAGGGCUUCGCUCUCACUUGCAAAGGAGGCUAUCUGUCAGGUUAUGGGCAUUAACAUCCACGACUCCAAGUCAAAUUCGCCGUCAAACAAAGCCCUGCUCUCCGGAUGGCUCGGACCCAACGUCCACUUCAAAACACAACCGCUCACCGUCUGCCCGUCCGCACAAUGA